UUUAUUCACUCAAAGAAUAAUUUGUAUCAAUAUUACUGUAACCCCCACUCCCGGAACCGGACCAAACCCAGUCUAAUCUCAAAAUCAAAUUCCAGCCUCUCACUCCCAGUCCUAUCUUCCCAUUUAACGGUUAACAAUCUUCUCUCUUUGGACCUUGCCCAGACUAAAGCUCUCUCAAAUCACAAUAAUAAUAAAAGCUUUUCGAUUAAGCUUUAUGUGUCUUAAUAAUUUCUCCUCCAUUCUUCUCCUAUUCUGUCCGGCCGGACUUCCAGCACCUUUUUAUUCUUUUAUUUUUUAAAUAUUAAAUGUUAAUGUAUUUUUAACCUUAAUGGAAAUUAUAAAAUCUUUUGUUGUUCAAAUGGAAUUAUUAAUUUACAUAUUAUUGUUGAGUGAAUGGAAUCUCAAAAAUCUCAAUUAUUAUCAAAGCCCAUAAGUUUUAAUUUAGUAAAACGUUUUUCCCAUUUACAGGUGAUUGGUGAAUUGGAGUGGGUAGCACCUCUGGGGAUCCCGGCAAUGCUUCUACUUAAAUUUAUAUUAUUCCCGGACAACAAAACCCUCCUGUUUCCUUCUCAUUCAACCCACAAGGGGAUCUCAGCAACUUCAACUCGUAUUUAUCCUCGUCCCGGGAGCCCUUUAUCCUUCUUCCCCUUUAUCCUUCUAUUCAACUCAUGGGAUACCACCAGCCUUGACCUCCUCCCCCUCUCCUGAGCA